AUGGAGACGGCGGACAUUGUGCGGCAAGCGUUCCUGAAUGCAGACGUAGAUGAGUCCGGUACACUCGAUAUCGCGGAGUUCGGCCGUCUGCUGCAGCUGCUGAACCCCAGCACCUGGAGCACCGAGCGGCUGGAACGUUUCUUCCUGCGUGCGGACAAGGACGGCUCGGGCCGCGUGGAUCUGCAGGAGACGCUGGACUGGCUGCUGGCCAAAGAGCCAGCAGAGCCAACAGAGAAGGAGGAGGAGUCGCAGUGGGGCGCGGAGCUGCGACCUCGGCGCAGCUCUGAGGUGUCGCGGAUCAUGAAAGCCUUCGAUGAUGCCGACAUGAACAAAGAUGGCUUUUUAGACAAGGAGGAGUUUGCAUCGCUGCUGAUGCACCUGGACCCCAAGCGCUUCAGUGAUCCCAAGCGGCUGACUGCCGCGUUUCUCAAAGCGGACAACGACCACAGCGGCAAGUUGGAGGUUGAUGAGGUGGAAAGCUGGCUGAGGGAUUACCUCGCCAAGGUGGGCACCAGCGAGGAGGAGGAGCUCUAUAUGCUCUUGACCUGGCGGGAUAACCGCAUAGCUGGGCCUUUGCGCUUGGGCGACCUCUUAGGCGCCUUUCAGCUUUGCACUACCGCAGGCAUGAACGACCGCUUGAGGCGUCUCAUUCCUCAGCAAGUGCCAGGCUUCUUCGAGCCGCGCGAUGUCUCUCCCAUGGAGUUUGUGCUUUUGUUCGAGUACCUCAGAGACAACCGCGAUGCGAACGACAAAGAUGUCAGGGAGCUGUUUGGCUCCCCCACCUGGCGAAGGAAGAUGAACAAGAAGGACCUAAAGCGGAGCUUCUCCGGAAACCUCACCAGCUUGGUGCAUGGCCUUGGGCACAACCCCAACACCCCAGUGGGCCUCGGCCUCUUCAAGCAGCUCCUGGCGGUUCUCUCGGCCAUCCUGCGCAUCGACCGGGAGCACAUGCUCAUGUUCUUCGCCUGGGCGCAGACGGGUCACUUCCAGCUGACCGACGCAAUCAUUCAGCGGGUGCUGGAGAAGGUCUUCCUGAAGGCCAAAGGCAAAGAGAAGGAGCCCGUCCUGGCACAGAGCGUGGCCGAGAAUGACUUCUACCGGGUCUGCUUCAGCAUGGGGGUGCUGGACACUAAUGGCUUUAAGGGCAUUCCCCGGGGCGAAAUUGCCCUGAUCUUUCAGGACAUAUGUCGAAGCCUCAACCAGAAGCUCGCGGACCGCGACGCUCUGAAGCGGCCCUUCCGAGUUCGCAAGGACCGCAGCCCCAAGAAAGGCAGCAAGGUCUUCGCCGGGACCACUUGGCCCACUUCAUCCCCGGGCUCCAUGGCGCGUGUUCACCAGCUCCGGGGCACGCGCGAGAUCUGUCUUCUGCUGGAGAUGCUGUGGGCCAGCCUGCCCAAUCGACCCUAUCCAACUUCGCUGGACAUGGUGUUCUCCUUCCUGGAGAAAACGGUUGAGCCGGAGAAGCCCUGCGAGCCGGAACAGGUUCCAGCCAGUUAA